GAGAUAGAGAGAGAUAGAGAUAGAGAAAGAAAGAGAUAGAGGGAGAAAGAGAUAGAGAGACAAAGAGAUAGAGAAAGGAAGAGAUAGAGAGAGAAAGAGAUAGAAAGAGUUGUCUGAUGAUAAUCAUGGAUGUAUAACUCUUUAGAAAUUUUUGGAGAAAAUCGGAUAGGUUUGAAAAUUGCGACAACGAAAUCUUUCAUGAUCUAUCUGAUUAGGUUAGCUCUAGAAUUGUUCAAAGAACUUUAAAGCUGAGUCGGGUAAACAGGUGACAGAGCGAUGGACAAGCAGCUUAAGAGCAAGGCGAUGGUGGACCUAAAGAAGUAUGUGGAUCGAAAAAUAACUUAACUGGGUAUUAUGAAGCAGCUUCUAUGCUCAAUAAAUUCUACCGUAACCUGCAUUUAUUCGAUCGAUUAUGGCAAUGGAUACAAAGCAUGAGGGGAAGUUGAUAGUAGUCCAUAGGGAUGGACUGCAGGCGUAGUGUUCAGUCGUAGUUCAAUGGUUUAUUGAUCGCAGUCUUCAAGGAAGAUUUUUUUUUUGUUUUUUCAUGGAGAAGAGGAGAGAUGUGUGGAGUGAUAAACCCUGUUGCGGUGUUAGUGAACGCACUCCAUUGAAUCUAGUCCAAUAGGCCCCUCGUACGCAGGGCUUGACGCAGCCAUGCGCUGACAACGCAUGGACGCAGCCACACACACGGGUCAGUGACAGCUGGCAAAGCAGGUCCAGCUGUCAGCCUCUUUCCUCGUGUGACGCUCGGCCGGUUCGGAUGCAAGUCCGCACUGGCCAUCCUAGGCAGACGAUUUCCUAGACGGAAUCUGAUUCCACACAAACUGUUGAAACCUAUGGAGAGUCUGAAGAGCCUUCAAUUGGCCAAUUUGAAUCAGUCAAAAAGUUCUAGAUUAGCCGUUAAUUUAGCUAUGACUGAUGUGGAAUGCUUGAUUUUAUCCAGCAUAAGUGGAGACAUUCUGACCUUUCUUGUAUCGUUGUUUCCGCAAUUAAAGAGGAUCGAUUUGCCAGCAGCUUUAGAUGCAAAUAAGUUCACUAAUAUAGUCCACUUCUUAAAAGAGUCCCUGGAAGGCCUCACCUUAGACUACGAACCAACCAUGUUGAAGGAGAUCAUCCAAUUGAAGCAGUUGACGCAUUUUACGGCACGAGAAGGAGACUUUUCCAAUAAGGAUCUGAUCGAAAUCGGCAAGGCGCUUCCAAAACUAAAAAGUAUCUCAUUCUGUUUGUCAAUGGAAACAACGUCGUUAGCAUGUUUAUCUACUAUGAAUGAAUUGGAGUGUCUAUCUUUAAAAGCCUCUACCUAUUAUUGUUAUAAACGAUCUAAUGAAAAAAUAGUACGUGACUUUACCGUGGCAAAAAACCUAAAAUUAAUUAAUUUCAAAUUGAGCGGUAUCAUUCCAACAAGCGAUAGUUUGUACAAAUAUUUCGAUAAUUCACCAAACAUUGUCGAUAUUGGCUUAUUCUAUUGUACAUUCAAUAGUUGGUUAGACAUUUUUGAAGCGCUUGAACUGUUUUGCGCCACGCUUCAACGAUUAGAAUUACAUUCAUUGCAUGUUGAAAACACACAUGAUCGACUUACGGAGUACUUUGAUGGCCUAAAAUGUUUGAAAAUUUAUGGUUGCGAUAUGCCUAAGAAGCUGUUGAUAAAAUUUAUCCGUCUUUGCCCGCAACUGGAAGAAAUUCAACUGUCAGCAAUGGACAAAACCCUGAAUGAUGAAGUAGUUCUGGUGCUAUGUCAGAAUUUGAAGCAACUGGAAAGAAUGUCACUAAAUAAUAGUUUUAUUCUCACCGAUCAAUCAGUGGAUUACAUCGUGGAGCAUUGUCACGCGUUGAAGCAACUUAACGUUCAAAAAUGCUACAAUUUGAGCGCUGAGGCUAAAAAUAAGCUGAAGAGUUUGAAAAAUGUUAGGUGUGUAGUUUAAUGAGCCCAUGAUACAAUAAACUUUAAUAAAAAAAG